AUGGCAAACACCGGUCUAGAACUGUUGAUGGAGAACUUGAAGCAGCUAAUACGCUAUGACGGCAAUCCAUUGAUCAAUGAUAACCCCUUUGUUCAAGACAAAAGGCCUCAGCUCGAGUUGUUGUAUCAAGAUCUAGAGUCCCUGAGAACCUUUGUUAUUGAAAUGAAGAUCACAAAGGGACCUCAUGAUCUGGAGAAUAAUAGAAAACUGGAGAGAAGGGUUAGAGUUAUUGUUGAAGAAGCUGAAGACAUUGUAGAUCUAUUUCUGACUAGUGCUUUCAUCAGAAACAGCACAAGCAUGAUGAUGUGUGGUGCAGACAACUAUCGCUCCCCAAACUUUGAUAGUGUUAUGAAAGAGCUCAAAUCCAUUAUAAAAGAAACUAUGGAUAAGAAGAUGCAGUCUCAAUCUGAAGGCUUACUUCUCCCUCCUGGAACUCUGCAUAGCAAAUAUUCAUCUAGCGGAGUAUUAAAGGAAGACAUAAUUGUGGGCCUUGACGAUGACUCAAUGGUGUUAGUGGAGAGACUUGCUGGAUAUCAAAAGAAAUUAGAUAUCAUCUCCAUUGUUGGUAUGGGUGGCCUAGGUAAGACUACUUUGGCAACUAAAGUAUUCAAUGACCGGUAUAUUGUCUAUCACUUUCAUGUCCGUGCAUGGGUUUCAGUGUCCCAAGCAUUCAGUAUGAAGGAUCUGUUAAUUUCACUUCUAACAUCCAUUGGUAAACUAGCACCUGAAGAAAUUGAUAAGUUGAAGGUUGAGAAAGUCUCAGAACUAUUGUAUAGAAGCUUGAAGGGCAAGAGAUAUUUUAUUGUCAUUGAUGAUGUAUGGAGUACUAAGGCUUGGGAUGCUUUGAAGAUUCACUUCCCAGAUGAUAACACCGGCAGCAGAAUUCUGCUAACCACUCGCCUCUCAGAAAUUGCUUUCUAUGCAAAACCUGGUGGUUUCACUCACUAUCUACAAUUGCUGACCAAAGAGGAGAGUUGGGAGCUAUUGAGCAGGAAAGUGUUUCAGAAAGAUUGCUGCCCCAAAAGAUUGUUAAAGCCUGGAAUGCAGAUAGCUAAAAAAUGUCAGGGGCUACCACUAGCAGUAGUUGUCAUUGCAGGAAUGCUGGCAAAAGGAGAGAAGAGCCAAGAAGUGUGGGAAGAAGUUGCCAAAAGUGUAGUUUCAUACAUUGUUGGCGACCCAAAAGGAUACCUCAACACAUUGGCUUUGAGUUAUGAUCACUUGCCUCGUCACUUAAGAGACUGUUUUCUCUAUGUAGCAGGCUUCCCAGAAGACACUGUAAUCCCCGUGCGAAGGUUAAUCUGGUUAUGGGUAGCUGAGGGAUUUAUACAUGACCAUGGUCAAAAAAGCUUGGAAGAAGUGGCUGAAGAUUACUUGAUGGAUCUAGUAGAUAGAAGUCUGCUGAUAGUUUCAAAAAGAAGGUCCAACGGAGGGAUCAAGGCUUGCCGCAUCCAUGACCUGUUGAGGGAGCUAUGCUUGAAAAAGGCUACAGAAGAGAAUUUCUUCCAGCAAAUAUCAAGGUUAGGUCACAGUUCAUCAUCUAAGUUUAUUCCUUUACAAGAAAGGCAACGACGUAUAUUUACAGACUCUAAGUUUUUAUCAGAAAUCUCUUCAGACCAUUCUGCCCCACAUAUACGGUCAUUUUUGUGCUUUAACAAGGAAUGGUACUUCAGUCUAGGAGUUCAAAGGUGUUUCCAUCCCUUUCUACUUCUUAGGGUACUUGAUUUACUAACUAUUCACACAUCCAUACUUCCUCUUGCUUUAGAACUGCUAGUUCAUCUUAGGCACUUAGGCCUUUGGUCUGAGGUCACCAAGCUCCCUUCGUCGGUAUGUAACCUAUGGAACCUUCAAACCCUUAUUCUUAAAGAAAAUUACUCCGGUUUCAUGAAGUUGCCAGAAAACAUAGCAAAGAUGGUAAGCUUGAGGCAUAUGUGGAUUGAAAUGAUCAUCUCUGUUCCUGAUAUUCACAAGUCAUCCAGCUCUGAUAUGCUCUACAACUUGCAAACUAUUUCUAUGCUAAGAUUACAGGGUACAGCUGAAAAUUUGUUAAAAAGGAUUCCAAAUGUAAGGAAGCUCGGUUGUGCUCUCUAUGGAGGUCAUAAUGGCGAUGCAUUCCCGAAUUUUUCCUUACUAGACCACCUCGAAACGUUGAAGGUAAUCCAUCCAGAUGUUUUAGAAGUGGAAUCAUUAUUUUCAAACAAGCACAUUAAUUUCCCCGUUACCUUGAAGAAGCUUACUUUAUCCGGAAGCCGUCUUCCUUGGAUUGCUAUGUCAAACAUUCAAUGGUUGCCAAACCUUGAAGUUCUGAAGUUACUGAACUAUGCCUUUGAAGGACCCUCAUGGGACACGGGAGAGGGACAGUUUCGGCAACUAAAGUUCUUGAAACUGCAGAACCUGGAUAUCCAUCAAUGGGAAGCCUACAGCAACAACUUUCCUUGCCUUAAACGAUUGGCGUUGCUAGAAUGCUACUAUCUGACGGGUAUUCCAGAGGGAGUAGGAGGCAUUCCCACACUUGAGAUGAUCGACAUUGACAAGCGGAACCACAGUGUAGUCAAAUCUGCAAAUAAAAUUCUAGAAAAACAACACGCUUUGGGAAACUAUGAGUUGAAGGUCAAUGUGAUAGGAUUUUUAACAUCUAUAAGAUAA